CUUUUGUGUUUUAAAGUGACCUUGUUGCUAUAUGAAUUUUAGGUCUGGUGUUUUGGAUAUGCAUAAUUACCGAGUGUCACAUAUCCAUUGCCCUCCCCUUCCUCCUUGGAUGAAAUCAUGUAUGUUGUAUGGUGCCGGAUUCCCUCUAUCCCCCCCAAGGAAACCCGCAUGGCUUCCUGAACAUUCAAUCUAUGCAGUUGCGUCAACUUCUAGCAAUGGACUCCACCUUUUAGAUUUUUAUCCACACAGCAGCUCCCCAUGCCAUGUAGAUUAUGAUGAUUCAAAGAGUCAUCGGGAGACUGUCAAGCAUAAGCAAAGCGUUUUUGUGCCGCUAUCUAAACGUGUUACGUCUUGUGCCAUUCAUCCGCUUAAUGGCACCAUUGUUGCUGGAACCAUGAAUGCAUCUUUAUUAACGAUUUCCCAAAAGCACCUUUGCAAGAAAGGAGAUGGUGAAGAUGAGCAAUCAUGAAAGAGGAUAGACCCUGGAACUACAAAUCAUAAUACAGAGGCCAAUGAGAUACUUGUAAUACAAGCAUACAGCUAUAUCCAUAUAAAAUACAUGAUAUGAUGUUUGUAAUACAAGCAAGCCACUACAUCCAUAUACAAUACAUGAUAUGAUGUGCAGGGAGUAGAGGUGUUGUUGAGGG